AGCUACCCUGUUGCUUUGGCUGUCUCUGUCUGCCAGGGUCUCCGGCUGUCCCAGACGGGCUGGUGUGGGCUUGGGAUCCUCCUGGUGACCUCUCCCGCUAAGGUCCCUCAGCCACUCUGCCCCAAGAUGGGCCGUGGGGCCGGCCGUGAGUACUCACCUGCCGCCACCACGGCAGAGAAUGGGGGCGGCAAGAAGAAACAGAAGGAGAAGGAACUGGAUGAGCUGAAGAAGGAGGUGGCAAUGGAUGACCACAAGCUGUCCUUGGAUGAGCUGGGCCGCAAAUACCAAGUGGACCUGUCCAAGGGCCUCACCAACCAGCGGGCUCAGGACAUUCUGGCUCGAGAUGGGCCCAAUGCCCUAACGCCACCUCCCACAACCCCUGAGUGGGUCAAGUUCUGCCGUCAGCUUUUCGGAGGGUUCUCCAUCCUGCUGUGGAUUGGGGCCAUCCUCUGCUUCCUGGCCUACGGCAUCCAGGCUGCCAUGGAGGAUGAACCAUCCAACGACAAUCUAUAUCUGGGUGUGGUGCUGGCAGCUGUGGUCAUUGUCACUGGCUGCUUCUCCUACUACCAGGAGGCCAAAAGCUCCAAGAUCAUGGAUUCCUUCAAGAACAUGGUACCUCAGCAAGCCCUUGUGAUCCGGGAGGGAGAGAAGAUUCAGAUCAAUGCAGAGGAAGUGGUGGUGGGAGACCUGGUGGAGGUGAAGGGCGGAGACCGCGUCCCUGCUGACCUCCGGAUCAUCUCUUCUCAUGGCUGUAAGGUGGAUAACUCAUCCCUAACAGGAGAGUCGGAGCCUCAGACCCGCUCCCCUGAGUUCACCCAUGAGAACCCCCUGGAAACCCGCAAUAUCUGUUUCUUCUCCACCAACUGUGUUGAAGGCACUGCCAGGGGCAUUGUGAUUGCCACAGGCGACCGGACCGUGAUGGGCCGCAUAGCCACUCUCGCCUCAGGCCUAGAGGUUGGGCGGACGCCCAUAGCCAUGGAGAUUGAACACUUCAUCCAGCUGAUCACAGGGGUCGCUGUAUUCCUGGGGGUCUCCUUCUUCGUGCUCUCCCUCAUCCUGGGCUACAGCUGGCUGGAGGCAGUCAUCUUCCUCAUCGGCAUCAUUGUGGCCAAUGUGCCCGAGGGGCUUCUGGCCACUGUCACUGUGUGCCUCACCCUGACAGCCAAGCGCAUGGCGCGGAAGAACUGCCUGGUGAAGAACCUGGAGGCAGUGGAGACGCUGGGCUCCACGUCCACCAUCUGCUCGGACAAGACGGGCACCCUCACCCAGAACCGCAUGACCGUCGCCCACAUGUGGUUCGACAACCAAAUCCAUGAGGCCGACACCACCGAAGAUCAGUCUGGGGCCACUUUUGACAAACGAUCCCCGACUUGGACAGCCCUGUCUCGAAUUGCUGGUCUCUGCAACCGUGCCGUCUUCAAGGCAGGACAGGAGAACAUCUCUGUGUCUAAGCGGGAUACAGCUGGCGACGCCUCCGAGUCAGCUCUGCUCAAGUGCAUCGAGCUGUCCUGUGGCUCAGUGAGGAAGAUGAGAGACAGAAACCCCAAGGUGGCAGAGAUUCCUUUCAACUCGACCAACAAGUACCAGCUGUCCAUCCACGAGCGAGAGGACAGCCCCCAGAGCCACGUGCUAGUGAUGAAGGGGGCCCCAGAGCGCAUCCUGGACCGGUGCUCCACCAUCCUGGUGCAGGGCAAGGAGAUCCCACUCGACAAGGAGAUGCAAGACGCCUUUCAAAAUGCCUACAUGGAGCUGGGGGGACUGGGGGAGCGUGUGCUGGGGUUCUGUCAACUGAAUCUGCCAUCUGGAAAGUUUCCUCGGGGCUUCAAAUUCGACACGGAUGAGCUGAACUUUCCCACGGAGAAGCUUUGCUUUGUGGGGCUCAUGUCUAUGAUUGACCCUCCCCGGGCUGCUGUGCCAGAUGCUGUGGGCAAGUGCCGAAGCGCAGGCAUCAAGGUGAUCAUGGUAACCGGGGAUCACCCUAUCACAGCUAAGGCCAUUGCCAAAGGUGUGGGCAUCAUAUCAGAGGGUAACGAGACCGUGGAGGACAUUGCAGCCCGGCUCAACAUUCCCGUGAGUCAAGUCAACCCCAGAGAAGCCAAGGCGUGCGUGGUGCACGGCUCUGACCUGAAGGACAUGACAUCGGAGCAGCUCGAUGAGAUCCUCAAGAACCACACGGAGAUUGUCUUUGCUCGGACGUCUCCCCAGCAGAAGCUCAUUAUUGUGGAGGGAUGUCAGAGGCAGGGAGCCAUUGUGGCCGUGACGGGUGACGGGGUGAACGACUCCCCUGCGCUGAAGAAGGCUGACAUUGGCAUUGCCAUGGGCAUCUCUGGCUCUGACGUCUCUAAGCAGGCAGCCGACAUGAUCCUGCUGGACGACAACUUUGCCUCCAUCGUUACGGGGGUGGAGGAGGGCCGCCUGAUCUUUGACAACUUGAAGAAAUCCAUCGCCUACACCCUGACCAGCAACAUCCCGGAGAUCACCCCCUUCCUGCUGUUCAUCAUUGCCAACAUCCCCCUGCCUCUGGGCACUGUGACCAUCCUCUGCAUUGACCUGGGCACGGAUAUGGUUCCUGCCAUCUCCUUGGCCUAUGAGGCAGCUGAGAGUGACAUCAUGAAGCGGCAGCCGCGAAACUCCCAGACAGACAAGCUGGUGAAUGAGAGGCUCAUCAGCAUGGCCUAUGGACAGAUCGGGAUGAUCCAGGCACUGGGUGGCUUCUUCACCUACUUUGUGAUCCUGGCAGAGAACGGUUUCCUGCCAUCACGGCUACUGGGAAUCCGCCUCGACUGGGAUGACCGGACCAUGAACGAUCUGGAGGACAGCUAUGGACAGGAGUGGACCUAUGAGCAGCGGAAGGUGGUGGAGUUCACGUGCCACACAGCAUUCUUUGCCAGCAUCGUGGUGGUGCAGUGGGCUGACCUCAUCAUCUGCAAGACCCGCCGCAACUCAGUCUUCCAGCAGGGCAUGAAGAACAAGAUCCUGAUUUUUGGGCUCCUGGAGGAGACGGCGUUGGCUGCCUUUCUCUCUUACUGCCCAGGCAUGGGUGUAGCCCUCCGCAUGUACCCGCUCAAAGUCACCUGGUGGUUCUGCGCCUUCCCCUAUAGCCUCCUCAUCUUCAUCUAUGACGAGGUCCGAAAGCUUAUCCUGCGGCGGUAUCCUGGUGGCUGGGUGGAGAAGGAGACAUACUACUGACCCCAUUGGAAGAAGAACCAGGCACAGAAAGAUGGGGAGCUCUGGAGGUGUUGUGGGGAUGGUGAUGGAGAGGGAUGGAAAUAACGGGUGGCAUUGGGUGGCAAGAUUUGGGGAGAGAUAAUGAGGCAACUCAGCAGGCUAAGUUGCGGGGUAAAUAAAUUGGAGUGAUGACCCCAUAGACCUAACUGUGAACAAUCAGAUUAGACACUACGUUAGAGUCCCCCAACCAGAUCCUUUUCCAUCCCACUCCACUAUGUUGUCUAUUUUUUUCUGAGGAAUUAAGGGUUACCCCAGCCUCCCCACUCCCAUCCCUUCAAUCCCACCUCCUACUGUAAUAGAUCAGCAUCCAAAGGCAGGAACCUGUCUAAACCAGAAGGAAGCCCUCUCAGAUCACCCCAGCUUCACUCCACUUCCCACUUCCACCCCCGUUAGCUUCCUGCAGGACUCUGUCCCUGGCUUCCUCUUCAGACCUUGCAAUCAUAAAAGGUUCUUCGGGUGAGUGCAAGAGCCUGAGGCUGGAAAAGGCUGAUGUGUCUCCCAGUCAAGGCUGGUAAGGGACCUGCAGGGAGAGCUGGGCAGACAGGUGGGAGGUGGGGGUAGUGCUGGCUGGAGGAAGGAAACAACAAAGGAAGCGAGGUAGUGCCAAUGACAAGACAUUUGACGUGUCUUGAGUCUCCAGAUAGAUGUCAUGGACUCCAGCUCUAUGUCCUGCCUUUUAGAAUACCCCACCGGCAGAACAAACUCAGAUCUCAUCAGGGUAGCAGCAAAGGCAGGACCAGAAGGCAAUCAAGAGCUUCCAGAAACGCCACACCACAGAAUUCCCUGCUGACCCUUGGUUAGGGGACCUCUUGGUCCACAAGGCCCAGAUGUCACUCAUGUACUUAAUAACACCUCACCUUCUGUAAUACUAAGUCCUCAGAGCUCCAUGCUGUUCUGAGAGGGAUGGCCACAAGUUUUUUCCCAACCCCUUCCAUUCCCUUUCUCUUCAUGCCCAUCCCGACGAACCUGCAUCAUUCCCUGGCACUGCCAAGGCAACCCUAGAAAAGGAGUUCCCUGGCCAUUGGCUAGAAUCAGGAUGGAGAAGUUCCCAGAACCUUCCUGUCUCCCAGGGCAGGGACAUGUAUGCUUCCAGGGACAAGCUUAGGUCAUGAACAUGAUCAGAACCUUUGGACAAGAGGAAAAAUAUUACGAGAUUUGCUUUUGCCAGGCGCGGUGGCUCACGCCUGUAAUCCCAGCACUUUGGGAGGCUGAGGCAGGUGGAUCAUGAGGUCAGGAGUUCGAGGCCAGCCUGGCCAACAUGAUGAAACCCUGUCUCUACUAAAACUACAAAAAAAAUUAGCCAGGCAUGGUGGCGCACGCCUAUAAUCCCAGCUACUCAGGAGGCUGAGGCAGGAGAAUUGCUUGAACCUGGGAGGCGGAGGUUGUAGUGAGCUGAGAUCGUGCCAUUGCACUCCAGCCUGGGUGAAAGGGCAAGACUCCAUCUCAAAAAAAAAAAAAAAAAUUUUUUGCUUUUGACGUCUUAGGUGGCAGGGCUAUUCCCUCCAGGCAAAUGCCCUUCACACCGACGAUCAUUGUGCCCACUUUCCCUGGGCUGGAGAGUUGGUUUCAGUUUCCUACAGGAGAUACCUUUCUUUCCCUUACUCCCUAUCUAACAUUUGUGCUCUGCAGGCAGCUUUGCCCAUUCUCUAAGCCUGGCUUAGAAGGCCCUGGGAAUGUCCUGUAGAGAGAGACCUAGAUAAGUCUUGCAAGUGAGAGAGACAUCUGAGGAAAAUGGAAGACCUAAGGCAGACAGGAAGGAAGCACAAAAGACAAGCAUUGGGUCAGACCCAUAAACCACCUCCCAAAUGCUGUCAUUUCAUUGCACUGGAAUUUAGCUUUAUCAGAAGCACCUGGAAGUAAGGGAGUCAUUGCCUUGGGCCUGGGAAUCUAAGUGGGAGACCAUAUUAAUUUGGGUCUGAUUAAUUGGAGAUUACUAACUGUGGACAAAAGUUUAUCUUUGCACAAUCAAAAAUGGCAUUUGUUUAGUAAAUUAAGAGUAUAAACAAUAUUGCUAGAGGUGGCAUGUUUAGUCUACCGAAAACAAUACUUUUCAGGCACUUAAGAAAUAUCCUUUUAGAAGCAGCAAGUGCAUGGGCUAAUUAUCAUCAAUCUUUAUGUUUUUGUUAAAGAAACAUCUACAGGAUCUUUAUCGGUGACCUUUUGUAAGACAUUAGUUUGAGGUACUACCUAUGUACUUGAAAAUAAUAAAGUUGCAUUUCUUUAUGAAAAAAA